GUCCCGUCCUCACCAAACACCAAAACCAUUCAACCUGUAUUAAAAAACUGUGGAUGGGAUCAGGUCUCUCUCACAACCACCGGAGCAGCGUCGCGCCCCAGCAGCAGCCGUCGUCGGCCCGCGUCAUCGCCGCCGACGGCUCGCUGACGGAGUUCGCCACCUCCUCCCCCGUCAGCGUCUCCGACGUCCUCGCCGCAGGCAAUGCAGGCGGCUGGUUCUUCCUGUGCAAUUCCGACGCGCUCUACUUCGACGAGGAGGUGCCGGCGCUCGGCGGCGGCGAGCUGCUCCGUCCCGGCCAGAUAUACUUCGUGCUCCCCGUCGCGAUGCUCGGGCGGCCCCUGUCGAGCGCCGACAUGGCGGCCAUGGCGGUGCGGGCUAGCGAGGCGCUGGCGGCGAGAGCGCGGCCGCGUGGGCGCGGCGCCGGCAUCAGGAAGGUGCGCGUCACGCCGGUGCACGGCGAGGGCGGGCGCGGCGACGUGGACGCCCAGGUCAACGCGAAGCUCAACGAGAGGACUCUUGGAGAGUACUCUGUGAAAGCCUCUGCUAGCCCGGCGAGAAUUGGCAAGAAGGCUGCCGUGGCGGCAUUUCCGCCGGCGAAGAAGGUGCUCAAGCCGCUCAGCGCCAUCCAAGAAGAUGCGGAGUGACGCAAUGCUCAUAAGAAAAAAAGCCAGGCGACGCCGAGUGAUACAAUGGAAGGAAAUCACAAGAUUUUGUGAUAGGAUUGAUUUUUUCUGUAAUAUUGUUUUCUCAUUACCCAUUUUUUGGAACAGUGGUGUUGGUGAGGAAAAUUCAAAAAAGGUAGAUAAGGAUGUCGUUUGGUUGAUUUGCCAUUGUACAUGUAGUACUAGUAUUUUUUUUUUUGCGGGAAAGACCAAGUGAUAUUAAUCCAGUACCCUUACAGAACAGUCCUCAAAAGAUAAGACAAUUACAAACAAGUCCUUAAGGAUAAGGAAGACGCCGCCGUCGAUGAAGACGUGCCGCUGGCGCGCCGCCGCCGCUCCUCCUCUACAACCUUGGAUCGGACGGAGUCCCAUGGCGGUCGGGAAGUCAACGGACCUCGAACCCAAAGGGCCUCCACCUUGCAUCGUCGCCAUCGCCUUCGAUCUGGACCUCAUCACCUGCAUCUUCCAAACUUUCAACAACCGGAGCCGCCGCCUACGGACUCCGGCACGGGAAGAAGGCGCACGGCAACUCCGCCGAGUUACGAGCACCAGGAAGGAGGCGGGGAAGUGGUCGGAUUCCGCAGAACCCCGCCACCGGAGAAGAUCACCGCCGCCACAAACCACCAACCCGACAGCGCCUUCCUCUCCACGGCGCUGCCGGCGAACCACCCACUCCAUCCUAGCUAUGUACAGACGGGAACCGAGGUUUCCCCACCCUCCCGCCGCCGAAGCGGCCGGCAGAGGGGGGGAAACCAGCGAGCCGCCGCCGGCGAACUAGAUCGAACGGGGAAGGGGAAAAAAUCGCCUCUCCUACUGUAGCGGGG